AAAAAAGUUAAUAUCUACUAUUAAUUAUGGUUAAUUUUUCUAUAGAGUUUUAUUGUCAUUUGGAGAAUAAUGGUUUUUCAUUUAGGAAAUCUUAAAUAUAGCCAUCAUUAUUAAAGAAAACAAAUGUACCUGAUGGUCUCAAGCCAGAGUUAUUUUAUAGGUCAAGUUAAUAUGAACGUAGUUUAUCAUAAGUUAUUUUAACAAUUUUUCCACUAUGUUUUACAUGGCUAUUUGUUUUGUAAAACGCAGUCAGUGUUUUAAUACUCUCGACGAAUCGUGAAGUUUCCAGAUUACCAUAUUAUAGGUCGUUUUUCUUGUAAUAAUGUAACUCAUUUAAAAAAUUUGCCAAUAACUAUAUUUAAUGGCGGAGAAGCUAGGCCUUGGUCCCGAAGUACGGGAAUUGAAAAUAGGUGACAGUUUCUCUAGCAACAAAAUAGCAUUCCAUACUCUCAGAUAUGACUUCAAACCUGCAAGUGUGGUUUCUGCAAGCAAACAUGCUUCGGUUGAUGUUGGAGCCAAUCAUCAGAUUACAGUUACACACUUGGAAACUGCUGGAGCACCCCAGACAGUUUUCAAAGGGUCUCAGCGCCCAUACCAAAAGGAGUGUGUACUUAUAAUUGACCGAGCUACUGGAGAAAUUACUCUUGAAAAACUUUCCACAAACAUCCUGUUAAAGAAAACACGACAAGAACAUCGGCCUACAAAUUACAAUUCUUCGGGUCGGCCUCCAACACCUGUUGAAAAGAAACCUUCCCCACCUCAAGGGACUAAGCACAAGAGUAAACCUAUGAAUACCAGUUUAAGGCAUUCACCUUUACAAUCUUCACCUUCAUAUCCCCACAGAAGCCCGACAAUACCUCACACUUUCCAUAAAUCACCUCCUCAAGUCCACAUCACAAGUUCAAGUCCUUCACCAGCAGCUAGCCUUCCAAUGAUAGAAGACUUGAACGAUAACUCUUCCAGCAGCUUUGAUUUAGCUAAUGCUCUCAAUCUGCCAGAGCUUAAAACUUCCCCCGAUUUCUCAGGAGGAACCUUCAAUGAAGAUGAAGUGUCUCCUGGGGUUGGAAUUCUGACUGAUUCAUCGAGUGAUUCCAGUAGCAGCAGUAAUUCUUCAGACAGCGAAAGUGAAAACGAAAACGAAAAAGAAAAGCCGAAGAAACCAAUGAAUGGUCAUGUUAAUGGCAAAAGCUCUCCUUCGUUACCGAUGAUGCCUGAACAUUUGUUGAACGAAGACCUACAGCUGUCCGAAUCAGGCAGCGACUCCGACUGAAUUUUGUACAUAAUCUACCAGCACCCUUUACCAAUCAACGGAUUGUUUAUUGCAGGUUAACUCUACUGUGAGAAAUUUACUAGAGGAAUAUUAUCCUGCAAAGAAUUGUGCAUUUGCUGUUAAUUAUAGUUUUUAAGGAUAUAUAUAUUUUUUUCUUUUGAUUUUUAGCUUUUAUAUUUUUAUUACUGUAUCCAAUAUAGGAAACAUGAUUAUAUAUAUAUAUAUAUAUAUAAUUGUAUUUAAUGUAUAAACUAUAUUGAAAUUUUUAUGUCUAACUUCAAGAAAGUGAAUUAAAAUUAUUUUUAUCAAAUCAUGUCCUUAAUGAAAUGUGAUAUUUUAUGUAUUUG